AGCGCCUUGAGGUGGGUCUCCCGAAGAGGGGUCUCCCAAAUGUCAUCGAGGGUCUCCCAAAACGCCCAAGAGGCUGAAGCGCCUUAAGGUGGGUCUCUCGAGUUGGCCAAAAGAUGGUCUCAAAAAGUUUUGUCAGUUUUCCAAGGAAAGUUUGUACCUGGCAUCAUGUGAUCAAACCCAUUAAUAUAACCUCCAACUGGUUUUUCCCUUCGCAUUUUGAAAACCUCAUGAUGCAAGGGCCACGCAAAGCUUUCAAGCUGUUCAGUGGACAUCUCAGAUUAUCUAUGGCUUUCAGAGGAGAUCAGCGAUUACUUCAGGCCCGGCCUCGCUGUACGAAUCACCGACAGACCGAAACAACCAACAAUUUUUUCCGCUACACCUCUGGUCGUUGGCUAUACAAUGAACACCUACAAUUCGAACGACGGUUUGUCAAAUUCGACGUCCAAGCCCUUCAGCAGGUUGCCAGUAGAGUACUUGGUGCUCAGUGUGUCCAGAUGACCAAACUGCCUGAGGGGCUAUACAACAAGGUGUUUUCUUUGAAAAUGGAAAAUGGCGAGGAGGUCUUGGCGAGAAUUCCGAAUCCAAAUGCUGGCCAUCCUCAAUAUUGCGUGGCCAGUGAAGUCGCCACGCUUGAUUUUCUUCGCAACAUCCUAGGUAUUCCUGUUCCCAGAGUUCUGGCCUGGAGCUCUCCCUCGUUGCAUCCGAACCCUGUGGGUACCGAGUAUAUGCUCAUGGAGCGGGUGAACGGAUACCAAUUGAGCGAAGUUUGGGAUACCAUGUCUGAAGCUCAACGCUUUGGUCUGGUUAAAAGCCUCGUGGAGAUCGAGACGAAAUUGGCAAAAAUGGAGUUUACAAAACACGGCAGCCUAUACUACAAGGACACAUACCCGCGUGGCGGGAAUAUCGUUGAUCCAGGUGAAUUGCCUAGCUCGAAACAAGGGGCUACGGCGAAAUUCGUAAUGGGACCAACAACUGAGCGAUCAUUUUGGGAAAACGAAAAGCGAGAACUAGAUACUGAUCGGGGCCCAUGGGAAACUGCCCAGCAAUACCUUUCAGCCGUCGUAAAACGUGAGAUUGCCUUGAUCCGAAAUGGCCCUAAGAAUCCUGAAGAUGUCUCGUCCCUUUCAGCAAAGACAAGAACAGCAUGUGAAAAUCAUGUUCGGCUUCUCGAACAGUUCCAAUCUGUGCUCCCUUGCAUAUUACCACCGAAAGAAUUUUCUCGUCCUGUACUGUUGCAUCACGACCUCCAUUCAGAUAAUAUAUUUGUGGACAGCAAUGAUCCAACAAAGAUAUCAAGCAUAAUUGACUGGCAGGCAGUAUACUCCUCUCCGCUCUUCAUGCAGGCAAGAUUUCCCUCGAUUUUUAAUUGCGAUGACCCGUAUCCAUGGGGUGCUGUUCAACCUGAAUUACCAGAAGAUUUCGAUACCUUUUCACAACCAGAAAAAGACUUGGCCAGAGAUAAACUUGACAGGGUUAGACUGAAGAAAUUCUACGAAUUGGCAUCGAGGAAGUUUAAUCCGCUUCUUGUGAAGGCCAUGGAUGCCAUGAGGAAUGACGAUGACCCUGCAACUUUCAUAUUCCAUAUCGUCGGACAGUCUUCCCUAGAUGGCCCGAUUCCACUCAAAGAACUUCUUAUACAGAUAUAUGAAAAGUGGGACCAAGUAGCGGAGAGGAGAGACUUGAUGAUACCAUGCCCAAUUUCAUUUUCGAAAGAAGAAAUCGUUGAAAGCCGUAAACAGGUGGCUGCAUGGGCGGACGCAUAUGCGGAGUUUGACAGCCUGCGAACGCAAGUGAUGGGUAAGGAUGGUUGGGUCUCACAUGAGGAAUAUAAGGAGGCCAUUAGCAGGUGGGAAGACCACAGAGCUACUUUUGAAAUACUCCGAGAGCGAUUAGAAAAGUUACUCUCGUAAGCUUACUCCCAAUCUUCACGGCUCUCUGUGCGACGGGGGGAAAUAGAUGAAGGGAGAUGAUUGACUACAUGGGAAAAAUAAAUGACGGGGGAAUAGUCCUCUUAUACCCAAUUUGAUCAUAAGGCACCUGUACGGAGUAUCCGCGUUGGUUUCACUAGCAUUAAAUUAAAUUUUGUCAAAGCCGAGACUAUCUCGAAUCAUUGACCAACAUGUGGUCCAAAUCCUGGCGACUUUGGCCUAGAGAGCUUC